AAAAAUAAUUUUAAUUUAGUUAUUAUAAAAAUAAAAAAAAGGUAGCUUUCUCUUCAUCGGUCUUCGCCUCGUCAUUUGUCGUUCGCGAUCUUCAAUCUCUCUCUCUUUGUCUCUGGUCGACCUUUUUGUUCGAUUCGUCGAUCGGAGAUAUUGACCGGAGUCAGAAGCUUGUAGAUCGCAGCCAUGUCGUACUCCGAUUCCGAUUCGUCGUCUCAGGCCGCCGACUACAAGAAUUUCCGGCAGAUUACACGCGAACGACUCUUGUAUGAGAUGCUUAGAUCUGCGAAGACAGGGAGCUCAAAAUCCACCUGGAAGGUACUAAUCAUGGACAAACUUACUGUCAAGAUAAUGUCCUACGCCUGCAAAAUGGCUGAUAUCACACAAGAAGGAGUUUCAUUGGUUGAAGACAUUUUUAGACGAAGACAACCUCUACCUUCAAUGGAUGCCAUUUACUUCAUCCAGCCAACUAAAGAGAACGUCAUCAUGUUCUUGUCAGACAUGUCUGGGAAAUCACCAUUGUACAAGAAGGCAUUUGUUUUCUUCAGUUCCCCGGUUUCCAAGGAGCUGGUUGGUCACAUAAAAAAAGAUUCGAGUGUAUUACCUCGGAUUGGAGCAUUGAGAGAGAUGAACUUGGAGUUCUUUGCUAUCGAUAGCCAGGGUUUCAUCACCGAUCAUGAGAGAGCUCUAGAGGAUCUUUUCGGUGAUGAGGAAACUUCUCGAAAGGGCGAUGCGUGCUUAAAUGUGAUGGCUUCUCGAAUUGCCACAGUCUUUGCUUCACUGCGGGAAUUUCCAACAGUACGAUACCGCGCUGCAAAGUCACUUGACGCAUCGACAAUGACAACUAUGCGCGAUUUAAUUCCCACGAAGCUAGCAGCUGGAAUCUGGAACUGUCUAGCAAAACACAAACAGUCGAUUGAAAAUUUCCCACAGACUGAAACGUGUGAGCUACUCAUCCUCGACAGAUCCAUAGAUCAGAUUGCCCCUAUUAUACAUGAGUGGACUUAUGAUGCUAUGUGCCAUGAUUUACUGAAUAUGGACGGAAACAAAUAUGUACACGUGAUUCCAAGCAAGUCAGGUGGACAACCAGAGAAGAAAGAUGUGCUCUUGGAGGAACACGAUCCUAUUUGGCUAGAGCUUCGACAUGCACAUAUAGCAGAUGCUAGUGAAAGAUUGCAUGACAAGAUGACCAAUUUCUUAUCGAAAAACAAAGCCGCUCAGCUUCAGCAUGGUAAGAGAGAGGGAAGUGAAUUUUCCACGAGGGAUUUGCAGAAGAUGGUUCAAGCAUUGCCACAAUACAGUGAACAAAUUGACAAGCUGUCUCUCCAUGUGGAGAUUGCUAGAAAAAUCAACAACCUUAUCAGAGAGCAGGGACUUCGGGAGCUUGGACAACUUGAACAAGACCUUGUCUUUGGUGAUGCUGGGAUGAAAGAUGUGAUAAAAUAUUUGAGUACUCAAGAGGAGGCAAGUCGUGAAGGUAAGUUACGCCUGCUGAUGAUCCUCGCAACAAUUUACCCUGAAAAAUUCGAAGGGGAAAAAGGUCAAAAUCUAAUGAAGCUGGCAAAACUCCCUUCUGACGACAUGAGCGCUGUGAAUAAUAUGAGAUUGCUUGGUUCAGCCGUCGAUGCUAAAAAGAACACUCCGGGAGGUUUCACUUUGAAGUUUGAUCUCCACAAGAAGAAACGAGCUGUCAGGAAAGAGCGCCAAGAGGAAGCAGCAUGGCAGCUAUCUCGUUUUUACCCCAUGGUUGAGGAACUCAUAGAGAAGCUUGGCAAAGGAGAAUUGCCGAAAGAGGAUUACCCAUGUAUGAACGACCCGAGCCCGAGUUUCCACGGAUCAACCUCGCUUUCUUCAUCAGCAAGUAGUAAUCAAGGUCAAGCUGCUCAGUCCAUGAGAUCAAGACGCACACCAACUUGGGCUAAACCUCGUGGCUCAGAUGAUGGAUACUCAAGUGAUUCGGUGUUGAGACAUGCGUCUAGCGAUUUCAGAAAGAUGGGACAGCGAAUAUUUGUGUUUAUUGUUGGUGGAGCGACAAGAUCAGAGUUAAAAGUAUGUCACAAACUAACCACGAAACUCAAAAGAGAAGUAAUCCUCGGGUCCACAAGCCUCGAUGAUCCUCCACAGUUCAUAACGAAACUGAAGCUCCUGUCUGCAAAUGAGCUAUCCAUAGACGAUCUCCAGAUAUGAGAAUCAAGAUCUCAAGUCAAACAAAUCCUGGUAUUUGUUCUUUGAUCUCCUAUUCUAAUUUGUAACCAAGUUAAAGACAUGUAAAAGGGAUAAAAAAAAAUCAAUCAGAUUUUGAGAUCAUGACUGUAAGUUUACCCUUAUUGUUUGUCGUCUGAAGAUGUAAAGCGACUCAUAAGGUUGACUUCGAUAUCUUUUACUAUUGUCUUGUUAAAUUUGAUUGUGUAAAUUACCCUAAAUCGUUCGUUUUGCUAUCUCAUAGUUUACUUUCUGAUCA